UAAUUGACACUCUAGUGUCACUCAAAUAAAUGAUUAUUAGUUGAACCGUGUCACAUUAAAGUCGUUUUCUCAAUUUCCGGUCGGAUUUAAGCAAAAUUUUCGUUAAAAAUGUACUCGAGGGCUUUAAGACCGUGCUUAAUUACGUUCCAAGUUCACGGGAGACACUUCUCGUCAACGAAACAGAAUAAUCGUCGUGUCACCGUAAUUGGGGCGGCUGGAGGAAUCGGACAACCGCUUUCUUUGCUUUUAAAGCAAAGCGAUGCAAUUACCAAUUUGAAUCUUUAUGACAUUGUAAAGCACACCCCCGGAGUUGCUUGUGACAUAUCCCACAUGAAUUUUCCCGCAAAAGUUACUGGAUUUACCGGCCCCGAUCAACUAAAAGACGCGCUCCGCGAUGCGGAAGUCGUUAUAAUCCCAGCCGGGGUCCCUCGUAAACCUGGAAUGACGCGAGAUGAUCUUUUCAACACCAACGCUUCCGUUGUUCGGGACGUCGCUUUAGCAGCGGCUGAAGUUUGCCCGAAAGCUUUAGUUGGGAUAAUUACAAAUCCGGUUAAUUCCUGCGUUCCAAUUUAUUGUGAGGUUAUGAAAAAGGCGGGAAAAUUAGAUCCGAAUAGGAUUUUCGGGAUUUCGACGUUGGAUUUGGUGAGAGCGAGCGCUUUUAUUGGGCAAGCGAAAGGUUUGAACCCAAAAACUGUUAAUUGCCCAGUCGUUGGGGGCCACUCCGGGGUUACGAUCGUCCCAUUAAUUUCCCAGUGCCAACCAGCUGUGAGUUUUCCCCAGCCAGAAUUAGAAAAAUUAACGAAAAGAAUUCAAGAAGCCGGAACGGAGGUGGUUCAAGCUAAAGCCGGGGCUGGUUCGGCGACUCUCUCCAUGGCUUUCGCCGGCGCAAGAUUUGCAUUUGCUUUAAUUAGGGCGUUAAACGGGGAGUCGAACGUAAUCGAGUGUGCUUAUGUAAUGUCCGAUGUCCAAGGAACGAAAUAUUUCGCCUCGCCCCUUUUAAUUGGAAGGAACGGCAUCGAAAAGAACUUGGGUUUGGGGAAAUUAUCCGAUUACGAGCAACAACUGGUUAAAGCCGCUAUCCCCGAAUUAAAAGCAAACGUUGCAACUGGUGAAAAAUUUGUUAAAUAAAUAUAUAAAAUUAAAAAAAUAAAAUAAAAUUGUAUAAAAAAAAGGAAAAAUUAAA